AUCCUUGAAACCUUCCUUCUUCCACGCAUUUCAACACCCUCGUACGCUCCCACUUCCCAAAUAUGCCCGCCAAGCUAGAAUCACUAAAGACCGGACAGAGUCUAAGUUCAUAAAACAAGGCAGGAAAAGGAGAAAGAGAGAGAUGGCGAGUUCAUCGCUUCGGGUGUUCGUUCUACCGAGGAGGGAAGAAGGCAUAUCAGGCUGUGAGAUCAGAGAUGCAGCCUCCGGCGAAGGCUGGCCGGCUCACUCGGAGCCUGGUUGUGAACGGCGGCGUGUUCAUCUUCAUCGCCGCGAUUGUCGCCGGCGCUUUCGUCUCCGCCUACUGGAUAUCUGCCAGCGCCAGAGUUGCUUCGAUCAUUCCUGCCGGUUGGGGGCCCCUUCCUCCGCAGCAGCCACCUGCUCCGGCGCCGGAUGCCGCAGAACCAGCGACGACGGCGUGCCCGGCCUACUUCCGGUGGAUCCACGAAGACCUGCGGCCAUGGCGAGCCACGGGGAUCACGCGCGAGACGUUGGAAGGCGCCCGCCGGUACGGCGCCAAGUUCCGGGUGACGGUGCUCGCGGGGCGCCUCUACGUGGCGCGCUACGGCCGGUGCUUCCAGACGCGGGACGUGUUCACGCAAUGGGGCAUCCUGCAGCUGCUCCGGCGCUACGCUGGCCGCCUCCCCGACCUCGAUCUCAUGUUCAACUGCCAGGACCUGCCGGUCGUCAACGCCGGCGACCACGCGCCUCCGCCGCUGCUCCGGUACUGCGGCAGCGAGCCCACGCUGGACAUCGCCUUCCCUGACUGGUCCUUCUGGGGCUGGCCGGAGCUGAACAUAAAGCCAUGGGAAGCGUUGAGAAGGGAGAUCAGUGAGGCGAAUGCGGCGUUGGACUGGACGCGCAGGACGCCGUACGCGUACUGGAAGGGGAACCCGACGGUGGGCGCGGCGCGCCGGGAGCUCCUCAAGUGCAACGUCUCCCGCGAGCGUGACUGGAACGCCCGGAUCUACGCGCAGGCACGCCACAACUAUGCCGCACGUAGUUCAGUGUCAGUAAUGCAUUUUUUUCAGGACUGGAGGACGGAGGUACGAGACGGGUUCAGGGCAUCGGACUUGGCCAAGCAGUGCACGCACAGGUACAAGAUGUACGUGGAAGGGCGCGGGUGGUCGGUGAGCGAGAAGUACAUCCUGGCGUGCGACUCCGUGGCGCUCGUGGUGCGGCCGAGGUUCCACGACUUCUUCUCCAGGGGGCUCGUGCCGCUGCGGCACUACUGGCCCGUGCGCGGCCAGUGCCGGUCCAUCAAGUUCGCCGUGGACUGGGGCAACUCGCACCCAGGCAAGGCGCGGGUAAUAGGAGGAAAUGCGAGCCGGUUCGUGCAGGAGGAGCUGACGAUGGAUAAUGUGUACGACUACAUGUUCCACCUUCUGAGCGAGUACGCUAGGCUGCUGCGGUACAAGCCCACGGUGCCGGGCGGGGCCGUGGAGGUCACCGUGCAGUCCAUGGCGCGCGGAAGGCGAGGGCUGGAGCGGGAGUUCAUGGCGGGCACGGCGGUGAACGUCUCGGGCAGCGCGGAACCGUGCGAGCUGCCGUCGCCGUUCGGGUCCGAGGAGCUGGAGUCGCUGCGGAGGAGGAAAGCCGAUGCGGCGAGGCAGGUGGAGACGUGGGAGGAGCGGUGACCGACGACUGACGAACGAAGGAGAGAAGAGUCAAAGGAUGGCGUACGUACGUGUUCUGAGUUUCUGACGUGCGCAUUGGAUCGACCAUUAUGCAGUAGGAGUGGUGGUGGCAGGGAAGCACGAUGAGAACGGUAAAAGGGAAUUGCAGAGCACGCAGUGCGCUAGCGAUGUUCCGUGGCGUUAGUGCUGUGCGGCAGGAGUAAUGCUAGACUUAGGUAAGAUUACGUAAAUGUUUACGUAAAAAGGAACGUGGUGAGGCGGAAUUGGAUGGAUAGGGGCAGCAGGGGCCCAUCCUGUUAAAAUCCUACAUCUACCUAACACACUACGAAGACUUACCAAAGCUUCCUAACUAAAACUCUAUGCCCCCCUGAUUUUAACGGGGUGGGUCCUUGCUGCCCUUAUUUGUCUAGGGUGUAUCUAGAUGUGCUAUAGUUAUUGCACAUCUAAGUGACACAAUCAAAUAUGAAAAGAAAAAAAAUUAGAAGAAAAUUUUCACACGAAUCUCCGCGUAAGAUCAAUAACAUAGGAUUUAGAUGUGGAAUACUUAUGGCACAUCUAGAUGUGCUUUAGCAAAACUCCAUCCAAUCCCACCUCACCACGUUCCUUUUUACUAAAACAUUUACGUAACCUUACCUAAGUCUAGCAUUACUCGUGCGGCAGUACCAAAGUGCGUCCUGAAAGAUACCGUUCGGUUGUUGGUAUGCUUCACCGGUCGCCAUGGAAGUGAUGGAGCGGUUGAUCCAUGGUAUCCGUACUCGUGACUCAAUUUGGAUUUCUUUUUUACCUCACUUAUACUCUCUCUCUCUCUGUCCCUAAAUAAGUGUCUCAACCUAAAUACAACUUUGUAUUAAAAUUUAUAUAAAGUUGAGACGUUUAUUUUGAGACAGAGGGAGUAUUACUUAGCUCUUGAUGAAUCAUCAUUCGACCUUUCUACGUCUCAUCACCUUCCAUAAAUUAUUCUAGAAAACAUAAAUUCAUUAACUAUGAUCUCUGCACCAGCUGUAGAUAUAUAAUAACAACAUUAUAUACAUAGCCAAAAGACUUGGAGAAAAAUAAUAGAAAAACAACACACAUGAUGGCGGAUUGUGGAACACAAUGCAUGUCAAAAUUGAUUAUGAAUUUCAGUGAUUUCAAUAAACACAAAAAUAUUUACCUUUUGAUCAAACUAUUUUACUUAUUUCAGUUGUACAGAUGAAUCCCAAUUUUCAAAUAUUUUUUUAGAAUUUCAAAUAAAUGUUUAUGUGCUUUGGCCGAAAUGUAAACCAAAAUCAUCGAAAUUAACUGAAAUUUGGUAGGUGCUGAAAUAUUUCCGAAACUAAAACUUAAAACCAUGCUACCUUGUAACCCUAUAAGAGUGCUACCAAGAGAUCAUACACACACAACAAUAAUUAUAUGGCGAUGAGGUGUAGAGAAUGUUAGCCCAUCAAAGCGAGGCCUGCAACCUUUAUAGAAGCAUCCGACCAAGCGCUCACCACACCAUCAUCACUGAAUGCAGUCGAAGGUCCAACAUGGUUCAAUUUUUUUUUAACAAAGUGAAUGCAGCCUCAAAACUUAGGAUCAAAUUCAAACCAUUUAAAGUCAGAUUUAAAUACCUCAACAAUUAUUUAAAUUAAGUGGAUAUUAUUAUGGUCUAGAGUUUAUCCCUCAACCGUGAAAAUGGGUAGUCAUAACUAUUGAACCUAGAUGAUGUCUCGCGUGUUGCUGUAGAAACCUUAUAACAAAUAGUUGCUAAAACAACUAAAUCUGAUGGAAAGCAAAUAUAAGCUUAAAAACAGUAAAACAUAUGAAACCUCUAAAAAAGAAGGAUUUUUUGAUUUACGGUUAAAACGUUGUUUCUAACAAAAAGAGAAGGAUGAACUACAUGGAUAUGUUGCAAACGCCCAACACAAAUAACGUCCAUAAAGAUACAAAAUCUAAUGAAAAAAGUAACUUAUGACUUUCUUUGCGGAAAAAGUAACUUAUGACUAACAUGCAUGAGUUGAUGAUGUUGCGCUACAUGCAUAGAGUAAUGCAAAAAAUUGCUUAUGACUUAAAUGCAUGGUUUGCUCAUGUGGCAUGUUUGCAUAGUUAGAAAAAUAGAUAGAGGGUUGUAGCUAUUUAGGAACAGGGGAUUGUUUGCCUCUUGGCACCUACAUGCAUUAGUUAUUCACUCGACAAAUCAAAACAUAUGAAAGAUUUCAAAAUUCAUGAAAGGAAAAUUUUGACGUAUGACCUAUGAAUUACUAUCGAAAGCACUUUGAGUUUUAGAACAAUAUGAGAGAUAAGUUACACAUAUCACCACAAUAUUUAUCUUUAUUUUGUUUUUAUAAAUCUGGCACGUUUCUACUUACUUAACUCUAACUCGAUGCUUUCAGCCGUUUAAUUUCUCCCACAUUGAAAUCUUUAUAGGGUUUCGAAAAUCAAAACAAGGCCAUACCU